CCCCAUUCUACUAUAUACACCGAUUGGAUGACAGUGCACUGAUGCUCGCCAUCUUCAAGCGAGCGCAUGGGCUGCUGUAGUUCUAGCAAAGUGGUGGCUGCCAAUGUUGACGGGGAAAAAGCGGCGCAAAACCGAGAGACCUCCGAGACAGGUCGCGGAGGUCGAGACGAGGACAAGACGAAGGAACCUGAGACCGAGGUGGCGCCUCCUGGGAUGGUGAACAUGGAGGAGGAGCCAUUGGCGAAGCGACCUCGCUGCCGCCGAGCCGCGAUCCUGCCAAAGAUGCAUCCGGUGGCGGUCUCGGAGAAUGCGAUCCGCGGUGUUUUCGAUCUGUACAUGACAGAGGUUUCGGAGGAGCUUCAGAAGACCUUUGACUGUUCCUGGCAACAUUUGGUGGACGAAGCUAAAAAGGCUUGGGAUGGCAGCGGUGAACCUCUUCAAUGGUAUUGGCUUGUGCACCCUGAGGCUCCUCCAGAAGAAGCUUUUGGGCUCGUCGUGCUGUGGCACCAGCAUGGGUUUGCUUCAAGCCAUUGCAUCAUCAGCCACUUAAGCUUCACACAGGUCUACAAGCCAUGGCACGAUCUCAUACCAGGUGUCUUGGAGCUGCUACGACUUCAGCUAUUUCAGAUGAUGCCCAUCAGCUCCAUCCGCAUCACCAUUUGGCAUCAGCCACAGGACACUGCCAUUAAAGCUGCAGACAUGAAAGACGACGACGGCGGCGAAGGAAAAGGUAGACCUUCCAAGGACAGCAAGAUGGUACUGGACAAGGAGGUUGAGACCAGGCUGAAGCAGGCCGGCUACAGGUGGUUCAGUGUCGCCAAUGGUGCUGACAAGAGACGCGGGCAGAUCAUGUCUCAAAAGCGCAGCCAGGAGCGUGAUGGACUGGCACCUCGGGCAACAGCAGAUCUGUGCAUUAGCAGCUGCCUGCUGGUGCCUGGACGACGUGAGGUGCCCGUUGUCGAUGAAGUGCGCAAGGAGGUUCCGGGUAACAUGCUGGUGCUGGCAGAGUGCAUUCAGAGACACUGUGAGCAAAGUCAGGAACUGCCAGAGGCGCUCCAGCGAACACUUCGAGGCCUAACAGAGGUCAAGGGUUCGUUGGUGCGCACCAAUCGAACUGCUGAUGCCAAAGAAUGGCAGGAGUUUGCUGCAGAGUGCUUCAAGGACAUAAUGGUGUCCCCAGAGCUAACUGCAUGGCUUUGUCGUGAGAUUCCGGAGAGUGUUGAAGACGAAGAACAUCAGGUCAAACAAGCCUUGUGUGGUGGCUUGUGCCUGGCAGUCAACUGGAAGGCUCAAAGGAGUGACGACCCUGAGCGCUUCAGCGACGUGGCCGUACAAGCCACGGCUUCCAAGGUCUCUGAGUCUUGUGCGAGCCCCGUCGUGUACUUGGCGACAGAGGAUGACGAGAUCUCCGUGAUGAUUUGCAAGUUGACAGCCGCAGACGUGAACUUGUAUGAGCUCGCAAUCCAGCUGCUUGAAGAGGCACCGCCUUCGGCUUUUGAAGCUGACCGAGCAGUGUCUCAGGUGAGACUGCCAAGGAUUCAGCACUGCUGCGUUGCUGAAGCUGCAGUUGGCGAGUCGCUGGCCAACACCGAGUUUGACUUUGCCUUUUCCCGAGAGCUUUUUGGAUUGAGGUUCACAUCUCGUGGCACUCCUCUGGGAGCGUUGCCGAUUUCUCCACCAGAGAAGGUUCUGACUCUUGACACUGACUUCCUUUUGGCGGUUUGGCACGAAAAGUACACGGAUUUGCAGGUGAGCGGGGCCACGGCCGCAGCCAGGGCCAUCCCUCUCUUCGUGACUCGUGUGCGCCCGUAG